AUGAGCGUUGGCGAGGCGAGCCAUGACGGAGCUCGGUCUCUGGCAUGUGACAAUCACGACUCUGCGUCUGCGGCAGUGCCACGGCGGGAGCACGCAACGGACGCGGGCUCCGUGAGCGCACGUGAAAGAAACAGCACCGAAGCACAUCACGGGCGGCCCACAGCGCUGGGCGACGGGUUCCGACGUUACUCGUCGUUCUCGCAGCGGCCUCGCAGCGCGGUUGUUGACGAGGAGCAGAGCCAUGACGAUCUGCCAAUAGACACCCCAGUCGACAUGUCCGCGAAUCCAUCCCGCACCCUCGCUGAUCAGUUCCGUCACCUCGAGGUCGACUCGUCACGCUCGACUGCGCCGUCGCCCUCGUCGCUCCGUCCCGCCAGCACCCCCAGCCAGCAUGCCAGCGCCAUGGCUGAGCUGCUCCCCGCUGACGAUGGCAUGGCCCAUCUCCGCGAGCGCAUCCACGAGAUCCGCGCCCUGAGCAUAUCCGACCAGGAGCGCGCCCGCAUGAUUCACAACCUCAUGACGGAGAAGUACAACCACAUGCGCCCGACGUCCCCCGCGAGCUUCAUCUCACACGACCGCCCCUUUACCCCGACCUCCGGCCAGUCCCUCUUCUCCGACGUCCAUGCGUCAUCGCCCUACUCGUCCACCACCGACGUGACCCCCGACAUCUCGUACAAUCUGCGCGAGGGCGACACGAACCCCACGUAUCGGCCCCAUCACGACCACGGCGCAGAGCACGGCGAAGACGACGAGGAGGACAGCGCCGAAGGGGAGCUUGUGCUCGGCUGCCAGCAUUACAAGCGCAACGUCAAAGUGCAAUGCUUCGAAUGCCGCCGCUGGUACACGUGCCGACACUGCCACGAUGCAGUCGAGGACCACAACCUGAACAGGAAGCUGACACAGAACAUGCUGUGUAUGGCAUGCGGUACGCCCCAACCAGCAGCCGAGGUGUGCAAGAACUGUGAGACGGAAGCCGCAUGCUACUAUUGUGACAUAUGCAAGCUCUGGGAUAACAACAGCAAGAAGAAGAUCUACCACUGCCCAGACUGUGGUAUCUGCCGGCGAGGAGAAGGUCUGGGCAAAGACUUCUAUCACUGCAAGGUACGUCCUGCUUUAGACGCACUUUGGACUAGACUGAUUGUGUGCAGAGUUGCAAUGUUUGCAUAUCUAUCUCUCACGCGACCUCGCACAAGUGCCUCCCGCGUGCCACCGAGGGCGACUGUCCAAUCUGUGGCGACCAUCUCUUCACUUCGUCUACUGCUGUCGUGUCAAUGCCUUGCGGCCACUAUCUUCACAAAGGGUGCUACAACCUCUACAUGCAGACUGCGUACAAAUGCCCAAUUUGCAAAAAGAGUGCUGUGUGUAUGGAUCUGCAGUGGCAGAAGUUGA